GCUCUCUUACGCACAAAACAGCUCACGAUUGUCACUUUUGUAACCUGGUUUCAUAUUUAUUUCCAAUUAUAUCCUCCCAGAAAACUUUUACAUCGAAAACCCGCUAGCGGAAGUUUGUGCGACUAUAUAAACGCUUGAGUCGGAGGUUUGGAGGGCGGCGUUUGCAUGGUCUCGUUAGACAAAAUACAAGGCUGCUUUUCUCCAGUAAAACCGCUUCGAUUCUACGUCUCCUCACACAAGAACACAGAGCCAUUCUCUUGUCCAGGAGUGCCUCUUCAAUUUUGGGGGGUUUGGCUGUCGGCAAUUUUUUUGUCGUUUCGCUGGGGCGGCUUCACACGACUUGUCCAAGUCGUUUGUUUGUUUGUUUAUUUGUAAUAUGGCUCAGCAUGGAAAUCCUGUGGCCAGUUCCCAGAAAGCACUCAUGCUGGAGAUGAAAAGUCUCCAGGACGAGCCCGUGGAAGGCUUCAAAAUCACUCUGGUGAACGAGUCGGACAUGUACAACUGGGAAGUGGCGAUAUUUGGUCCGCCGAAUACGCACUACGAGGGCGGUUAUUUUAAGGCCCUGCUCAAAUUCCCCGUGGACUAUCCCUACUCGCCGCCGUCUUUCCGCUUCCUCACCAAAAUGUGGCAUCCCAACAUUUACGAGAACGGCGAAGUGUGCAUUUCGAUCCUGCACCCGCCGGUGGACGACCCCCAUAGCGGCGAGCUGCCUUCAGAGCGGUGGAACCCCACGCAGAAUGUCAGGACCAUCCUGCUCAGCGUCAUCUCCCUGCUCAACGAGCCCAACACCUUCUCCCCCGCCAACGUGGAUGCCUCCGUCAUGUACCGCAGGUGGAGGGAAAGCAAGGGUGAGGACCAGGAGUACAUUGAGAUCAUCAGGAAGCAGGUGCAGGCCACCAAAAGCGAAGCGGAUUUGGAUGGCGUCAAGGUUCCCGUCACACUGGAGGAGUACUGCAUUCGCACCAAAGUGCCGCCCACGGAUGACGGCUCCAACCUGCUUUACGACGACGACGACUUUGACAAUAACUUGGACGAAAACGGCAUGGAGUACAGGAACUUCACGGACGACGGCUCCAAUCUGCUUUACGACGACGAUGACGACUUCAAUUAUAACUCUGCCGACGAAGGCAUGGCAGACAACUACCAGGACAUUCGCUCUAACUCGCAAGACAACUUCACAGAAGAUGAAUUUGAUUAUUGAGGUCGUUCUCUUUCCUUUUGUUUUGGGGAUGCAUCAGUGGAGUUUAAAGCUUUUUUUUUUUUUUAAUCUUGCCAUAUCAAGUGAAACACAAACUAUGAUACGAUUGAGCCAAUUGUAAUUGUGUGUCAGAAGCCCUGCCAUGUUUUGGAGCAAAAUCCCUCCCUCGUUCCUUUGACAAGAUGGCGGCCGUCCGUGUUAUCCUUGGAAGCUGUUCGUAUUUGGAGCAAACGUCUGGCGGACGCUUUCAUGGCAGCGUCUUCCGGCACAUUCUCGCUGUGACGUAUUGUCCUUUUUCUAAAAUUGCCAAGCUUACUAAAAAAACAAAUAUGCACAACACAAAUAUGAUGUGACUGUUGGAUGAGCAAUAGCAUACUAUUUGAGCAACGUACUUAGGGAAACACUGAUGUUUCUUUUGUUGUUUUUGGGUAUUUUUAAAGAGGGGUUUUGCUAUUUCAGUGCAAUUUUUUUCCGGUUUGGUGUUUUGACUCGUUUUCUUUUUCUGUGACCAUCCCAUUGAGCACCGACACCAAGCUCGAACAAAAAAUUGAUUAACAGCGUCUGCUAUUUAAUGUGUUAAUUCAAAUAGCCUAAAAAAAUGCAAAUUUAUUCAAUGGGCAUUGAAACAACUGGGUGGGGGGUCAAGACAUUCUUCUGGCUCACUUUCAAUCUUGCUGGACCUUUACAAUCUACCCGGAUAUUCACGCGGAUAGUUUUGAUUAUUUUUUUCUUAUAGUUUGUGUACUUAAAAAACAAAUAAAGAUCUUUAUUAGGGUUCA